UCGAGACUUGGUCAAACCACGGGCUUUCUCCUCAGCGGAACUGGACAAGGUUAAGCUGUAACGCAUCGGCUUUCAUGCAAGCAGGCGACAACAGAACGGAAGUCCGUCACUUUUCUCCUCGCCCUGGCACUGGUGAGGACCCUCACCAACACAAGGCGCCCAUCUAUCUGCGUGCUUGACCUAAACGUCAACACCAAGUUGGCCCCAGCAUCUCAGAACAUCACUUGUUGCGAUGGAUCGCGCCUGGUAACCAGUCGACCCCACGUUUUAUCGUCAGCCUGCAGUGGAGGUAUUGGGGUCCAGCCUCUUCUCUACCGACGCAACAUACUCCGUCUCUCGUUACGGAGCCUCACGCAUGCUGCCCGCACGAGAUAUGCCCUGUGCAGCUCUCCUUCUCUGUCCGCCCCCCAGCUCAUUUCUCUUCCACUCACGUCAACCCACCAUCUCCGACCUAGCAUUUCACACACCAUGACCACCAUGCAAGAUUCCGGUCAACAGGACAAUGUGUCUCUUGAGGCCCGUAUGCGCAACCUCAUCCUCAAGAAUGCGGACCAGGCACAAGGUCAAAGUGCGGUUGCCGACGUCCCACGAUCAUCCUCACAGUCCUUGAUCCCUCCUACCACGAACUCAUCCGCAAGCGCACCUAAUCAGGACACUCAGGGACAGUCCAAACCAGUCCAGAAGCCCGGUCGCAAGCGCAUGAACCAGGCCCAACGACGCCAGAUGUCGUCGCAGCUGUCGGUCGAUAUUGAUCCUCGUGCCACCGGACCACAAUCAAGCCAUUCUCGUGGCCAGUCGACUGGCAACUAUCAACGCCAAAGCCAUCCCAACCAGCAGGGCAGAAGUUAUCGCUCUCAGUCUGCCGCCUUCCAGUCCCCGUAUGUCAACAACCCUCACGGGAGACACCAGCCCUCGCCGUCUCUUCCAGCAUUCGCGCCCCCGCCUGUCCUUUUUGACUGGAGGCAACCUGGCGCGCCUGUGAAUAGCUUCAACGGGGCCCAGCCUAAUUUCUCGCGCUCGAACCACGCCUCCAGGAAUUCAACCAGUCAGGUUGGAUCAUCCUACAGCCAACGACCUUUUUACCCUCGUGCGGAGGAUCUUGGUCCUCAAAUCGCCCUUCUGGAAAGGCUGUCCGUGGAUAUUCUCGCCAACGCCGAGAUCGCAUUUGAGCAGAUCCAGGAGAAAGAAAAUUUCCGUCUCCUCAUAGAGGAUGCCUGCCGUGUUGCAAUAGCCAGACACGAAAAGAUGACUAACGGCCAGACUGACUUCCCUGCUCUGUCAGUUCAGCUGCGCUGUUUUGGCAGCUUAUCAUCUGGUUUUGCCACCAAGUCUUCGGAUAUGGAUCUGGGUCUCCUCUCGCCGUACUCACAGCCUGAGCCAGACAAUCCAGACUCCCCAAUCCCACGAAUCAUCGAGAAGACGUUUCUGGAAAUGGGUAUAGGUGCGCGUCUUCUGAGCAAGACAAGAGUGCCUAUCAUCAAGGUCUGUCAGAAGCCCACAAAGAAGCUCUACUCUGAUCUCAUUGAGGAGCGCGAGAAGUGGGAGAAGGGCGUCGUGGAGGAGCACGAGCCAGAAGAUGACGAGGGAGAGCGCAAAUCGACUGCCAAUUCUGGCGACCAGAGUCACCAAACUGGAAGAGCCAACACCGAUGACCAUAUUUCCAUGGCGGACGACAGCAAAAUAAACAGCAUCAACGGUAAUAUUAGUAAUGAUGAGCACGGCAUCGAUCAGUACCAGGCGUUACUGGACGAGUUGAAGCAGGGUGCCAAGUCUAUGCCCAAUUAUUAUGGCGCAGCGAAGAAGACCUUGAGGAGAUUAGGUGGCAAGGACAUUACCAAUUCCACGGCAGCCAAUUUCAGCGAGGAGGACUUUCGCAUCCUCAAUGAUGUCUGCAAGGCAUUUAUCCAGGGUCUGGCGGACGAUGCUUUGAGAACUCGACUCCAGGGUUAUGCGUCUCUGGCUUUUGAUCAGCAUGCUACUGUGCCAAACAAUCGUUCUAUUUUUGGAGUGAUGGCGCAGAUCGAAGGAGAGAAACUCGUCAUGGCUUGCGAAUCCCGCACAAUCUUGGAGAGAAACGACCACUCCGAACAACUGGCAAGGAACCGCGUUGUCCACUGGAGGGAGCUGCAGAACAGGCCAAACUUCGGCUUGGACCCACUCGGUUACAACAAGGACCUUCUCUCAGCAACAGAGUAUUUGAAGAAGAUCCCCUCAAUCGGAUUGCUUCUUCUUGAGCAAGGGCAGUACGAAUCUGCUGCAUCUUAUCACAACAGGACCUUCAGGCUUCUGACCGACUUGGGCGGCCAUGAUCUGCCAUUCUCUCAAUCGCCAGUUCUGCCUGUCGUUCUGAAUCAGUACAGCCAGGGCAUUUAUGAUUUCGGAAUUCGAGCACAAGUCUCAGACUGGUUGCAAUCCAACCCCUCAACGACACUCAGGGCCCUCGCGAGACGACACAAGUCCCUGCAGCUGGCCCGAGAAUUCGAAAAGGCUUUGGAAAAGGGUCUUUACUCCACCGAGGUCGCCGAUGACAUCCGGGCAUAUAUCGAAUUGCUCCGGGGUCCGAUGUCACCUAUUUCUUCAGAAGACGUCCAUUACGACUGCAUCGUCCCAACGACGCCUGAUCAAGACGCACUCGUGGCACGAAUCCGCGAAUUCUCAGAUCCGUCUCGCAUGUCGCCGAACCUGCCUCGAGACCCGUACAGGGAUAAGCUUGAAUUCCCAAGCUCAGGCAUCGGUGUUCAAUGUGACAUCAACUUCUCGGCCCAACUCGCAAUCCACAACACACAUCUGCUUCGCUGCUAUUCUCUUACUGAUCCUCGUGUCAGGCCACUCGUCCUGUUCGUAAAACACUGGGCUAAGGUCAGAGGAAUCAACACGUCUUAUCGUGGCACGCUCUCCAGUUAUGGUUACGUGCUUAUGGUACUACACUAUUUGAUCAAUGUCGCUCAGCCCUUUGUGUGCCCGAAUCUCCAAGUGAUGGCUCCGCAGGUUAACCCGCAGCUCUGCGCCGAUGGCACCACCGUCUGCCAAGGCAAGAAUGUUUGGUUCUGGAAGAACGAAGAAGAUAUUAAAGCCGCAGCCAAACAGGGCGGCUUGACGCAGAACCGGGAUUCCAUUGGCCUCCUCCUCCGCGGAUUCUUCGAGUACUACGCUCAGGGCAACAUGAUGAGCUCAGGGCAUAUGCGAGGGUUCGACUGGGGCAGGGACGUGAUCAGCCUUCGAACACCCGGCGGCGUUCUAAGCAAACAGACGAAGGGUUGGACUGGUGCUAAGACAGUCCUCGAGGUCCAGUCGGCAGACAAGCCUCCAGCAGCCGAACCGGAGAUGCCCCAGGCGAAUCCUGUUCCUGGACCCGAAGCCCAAGGCGGCAGCACCUCAAUUGCGACAGCACCGCCGCAAGGAUCUCAAGAACCGGCCACGGCGUCGAGAGUGCCUCAGGACCGGAGCAAGCACGAAGUCAAGGAGGUCCGCCACCGCUACCUUUUCGCCAUCGAGGACCCAUUUGAGCUGGACCACAACGUGGCCCGCACCGUCACACACAAUGGGAUUGUAUCAAUCCGUGACGAGUUCCGCAGAGCGUGGCGAAUCAUCAGGGGUGCUGGUAGAAAUUUACCCCAGGAGAAUCUCUUGCAGGAUGUCUCGCAGGAUGUACACGCUGAGUCCACCUCCUUCGCGGAACUCAUUGAUGAGCUUCAUGGUCGGCAGCCUGCUCAAGCCUGAAUGUCGGCCCCGUUUACUGUGAGCAGGCAGUGCUAUCGAUUUGCAGCCGUUGUUCGGUGUCAAAAUGAAAAUGGGAAAGGUGCAAAAGCAUGGUGUAUCAAUCUCAUCACAGGACUUAGUCACAUUCAAAGGGCAGUUCCAGGGCCAAGGUGUUACAAAGUACUCAGAGUAGUUGGAC